GCUCUUUGCUCUUGCUCUUCUUCGCUUCUUGGUUAAUGGCGGAGACGAAGGGCUCCCUUGUGGCGUCCGAGCCCCUCGAUGCUCCCGAUGAGGUAGACCAGCUGGAGGCUGGGCGGCUGAGUCAAAUCCUUUGCCGAGUCUGCCUCAGAAGUGAUGGAAGGGAUCUCAUUUCACCCUGCAAAUGCGAGGGAUCUUCGAAGUUCGUCCACCGAGAAUGCUUGAACUAUCAUAGGGCUGUAAAGGAAAGAUAUGCAUUUGCCAACUGUACAGAUUGCAAAGCUCCCUACUAUCUAAGGAUACAUAUUCAUCCAGAAAGAAAAGGGAGAAUUCUCCAGUUCCUCAAGUUUCGAAAUAUACUAUGCUUAUUUGCAAUGAUUCAAAUUACAAUCUGUUUAUUGGCAAGUAUCGGGUAUUUGGUUUGUGGAACCCAGACUUAUUUUGGCAGAUUCAGUUACUCUCAUGGUAGAACUUUUUACGACUAUUUCUACUAUUGGUGGCCGUUAGGCAGGGUUUAUGCUACAGAAUUCAAUGUCUAUUAUGGUCUUGUGGUGCUACUGUGUUGCCUUCUUCUUGGAUUUUCCGGAUUCUUCAUGGCUUGCUAUAAUCUAGGAAUACUCAAGCGCAACCCUCAAUCAUAUCAAGACAACAUAUCCUGGAGUGAGUGUAUCAAAGCAUUUUACUAUGGAUCCAUGGCAGAAGUUGAUCGAGCUUGGCUAGAGUUGAUGUUCAUUAUGGAGUUUUUUGUCAUAGUGAUUAUCCCCUUCAUGAGCAUAUUGUACGCCAUUACCAUCGCAUCAGUUUUCGGCCGACAAAUUUGGAAGCACCAUUUUUACACACGCGGAAAACAAUUGCUGAUGAGAGAGUAUGUAGUCGAGGAUGUUGAUGGUUUAGUUAAAGAUUGGUGCCCACCACCCCUUCCACCUGCUCAUGUCAAAGAGCUAGCAGGACUUGGAUUUCUUUAGUUCGAUACACCAAAAACCGUCGAAGGCUACUAGUGUUGGAUAGAAAGCUUCUGAAGGCAAAACAACACUUCUUCAGCUCUUUUUUGAGUGCAAUUAAUGUUCUAUAGCCAACUAUUUCAAAGUGUCGUCAUGGUACUUCCAUGUUUCCAAUUCAAAAUAAGGUUGUAUAGGUUUUAGAGCAACCAAUAGUGUUCUAUACUAAUACCUAGAUCCUUGAAAUGCCGUAUAUGUAAUGUUGUGUAGGCAUUUGUGUACGUAUGUAUAUAUUGCAACUUAUACCAACAGAAGGCGAUGGUGAUUGUAAUAGAUAAAUGAUGAGCAUCAAUUUCGUUAUUUUA